AUGCCUAUUAGUACCCGCAUUCCCCACAACUGUAGAUCCAUACUGACUGGACUUUCGCUUAUCCUUUGCACAAGGAUAUUGAUUAUCAGUGCAUUGUCGCUGUACGAAUUGGAUCAGACAUAUGGCAACUGGGAGAAAACCGAGGCAGUCAUCGUCGCUGCCGUCAACGUGAAUGACCGCAACGAUAUCAACAAUCGAAAUACCACGGAAAGUAGUAGCGGUAUGAGCAACAAUACUGGCACAAGUGAUGUCAGCGAUUUUUCGCCUGAUGCUGCGGCUGUCUAUUGGUGUUCACAACUGAAUUACACGGUUUCGAACGACUACAUCACCAUUGUCAGCAGCAUCGCCAGUGACUGUGAUACGGACCCCGCCGAAAUCCCAGUGGGAAGAGACAUUGAGCUUAGAUACAAUCCCACGAAUCCAAGAGACUUUAUCAAGCAAUCGGAAUAUUACGACGACAUCACCAAUCUAAUCAUUCGGAUCGUUCUUGCUCUCAUUCUGAUCAUGUCGCUAAUCUCGUUCAUCAUCAAGUAUCGAAAUUUACCAGAAGACCCUGGAAGAGACCCUCGAUUCGCUCGGGAUUUGGAAACUGGUGAACCUCAGGAAUCCCCGGAAGCCCGCAAGGAACGCAUACUCUCCAAAAUGAUCUUUCAACCUGUCAAGGAGGAUCUCAGCAAUACCACGGCAGCUGCAAUUCGAUCUUUGGAGAAGAAAACCAAGAGCGACAAUCAGGAAGCGGAGUUCGAUCCGAUUGAAGAAGAUGGUUGCGACGAAUACUCGAGACAGGACGACAACAGCUCUGCUGUCGAAGGGAGUGAAUCCAGCAGUAUGCACGGCAUCACCAUUGAAAACGUCGACGGAACUAGUUGCUCACCAGAAGAUUCAACAGAAGAAGAUGUGAAAAGUAAUGUUGGAGAAGAAAAUAAUGGUGCCGUUGAUAACUUGACAGCAGAGGUUGAAAAUGCCACCAGCACUGAGAGGUUUGACGGGCCAGUCGACCCGGAGGCGCAGAUGGCUGCACCCAACGGUGAAGAAACCAUAACCGGAUGCAAAGACGACAUGUGUCGUUCCACUCGUUCUGAGAGCAUUGCCGAAAACAGAACCAGCGCUGCCGGCAGCAUACGUGCACUUCAGUCCAUGUUUUCGUCUUGGAGGCGAAUGGAAUCUGACUCUGAACAAGCCGAGUGCUGCAUUUGUUUGGAUAAUUACGAUCCUGGGAGCAUUAUUUGCGCAUCCAAGAAUGUGGAAUGCAACCAUGUGUUUCACAAGGAUUGUAUCAUGGACUGGAUGAUGAAGAAUCACAACCAGUGUCCUCUAUGUCGCGUUGACCUUUUGAAAUGA